UACACAUGCAACGGGUGAGCGGGUGAGCGUCAAUGAACUGUGGUUUCUCUGAGCAGAAAAAGGAAGUGGCCACUUCACACAUACAUGCAUGCAUUCUCUCUCUACAAAGACAACGCUUCAGAAGGGGACAGCAGAGCGGAGCGGAGCAGAACGGUGUUCUGGAAUCGAGGGAAUCGUUUGGGAGGAAAGGCAAAGGCACAAGUGAGCCGAUGAAUCCACAAGGAGGUAAGGCCUUUGGGGCGCUGAAGGCUCAGCAGGAGGAAUUGCUAGACUCCAUCAACAAGGAAUUCUUGGAGAGCCCAAAAUACAGCACGGAUGAAGACCUUGCUGAAAAAUUAGAACUAUUUAAAAAAAAGUACAUGGAAUUUGAUCUCAAUGCACAAGGUGAUAUAGAUAUCAUGGCUCUGAAGCGGAUGUUGGAAAAGUUGGGUGCAGCCAAGACCCACCUAGAACUGAAAAAAAUGAUCACUGAGGUCACAGGAGGGAUGAGCGAAACCAUCUGUUACCGGGACUUUGUCUCUGUGAUGCUGGGAAAGAGAUCAGCUAUCCUUAAAAUAAUCCUGAUGUACGAAAAAAUGAAAGAGAAGGAUGAGGUCCCAACUGGCCCUGCUCCAAAGAAAACAGUGGCAGACCUUCCUUAAUCCUCUCUGAAGAACAGAAGAGAGAAGAACCAUAUAACCUACCCACACAUGCCACCAGAAGUAUAUCACCACAGGCCCAGAGCUCUAUAGGCUGGGUUGGAGAAGGAGGCAAAUGCCAUCGUUGCACACAUUUGUAAAAUAAAUAACAUCCCUCA